AAAGCAGGUGUCAGAUUGCGAUGAGCUUGGUGGCUCUGGGAUUACUCAGAGCCCCAGGAGUGUCUCUGGAAAGUCUGGCUGCAAUUCCUCUGCAUCCCUCUCCGACAGCUCCUCAACUCCUUUGGAUCGCGCAGAGUGAAAAUGGUCCACCACUCAGGCUCCAUUCAGUCCUUUAAACAGCAAAAAGGUAUGAAUAUAAGCAAAAGUGAGAUAACAACUGAAGCGUCAUUAAAACCAUCUAGGAGAUCCCUGCCUUGCCUGGCCCAGAGCUAUGCUCAUUCAAAAAGCUUGAGUCAAUCUGCUUCACUGUUUCAGUCAACUGAGAGUGAAUCUCAGGCUCCAACUUCUGUAACAUUUCUUUCUGCUGAUAAGCCUGAACAUGUUACUUCGGAGGAGAGUAGAAAGGACUCUACCCUUAAGUGUUCCUUUGCUGACCUCAGUGACUUUUGCUUGGCUCUGGGGAAAGACAAGGAUUACCUGGAUGAAUCUGAACAUGCCAACUAUGAUCGAUCUCGUCUCCUUAAUGACUUUGUUACCAAAGAUAAGCCUGCAUCCAAGACAAAGCUGUCUAAGAAUGACAUGAGUUACAUAGCAUCUAGUGGACUCUUAUUCAAAGAUGGCAAAAAGCGAAUUGAUUACAUCCUGGUUUAUCGAAAAACAAAUAUACAAUAUGAUAAAAGAAACACAUUUGAAAAGAACCUGAGAGCAGAAGGCUUGAUGUUGGAGAAGGAGCCAGCAAUUGCCAACCCCGACAUCAUGUUUAUUAAAAUUCACAUUCCAUGGGACACACUGUGCAAGUAUGCAGAGAGGCUGAACAUCAGGGUGCCCUUCAGGAAGAAAUGUUACUAUACUGACCAGAAGAACAAAUCAAAGAGCAGGGUACAAAACUAUUUCAAAAGAAUCAAAAAAUGGAUGUCCCAAAACCCAAUGGUCCUUGACAAGUCAGCGUUUCCAGAGCUGGAGGAGUCGGACUGCUAUACUGGACCCUUCAGCAGAGCUAGGAUUCACCACUUCAUAAUAAACAAUAAGGACACCUUCUUCAGCAAUGCUACUCGAAGCAGGAUAGUUUAUCACAUGCUGGAACGCACCAAAUAUGAAAAUGGAAUAUCAAAAGUGGGUAUCCGUAAGCUUAUCACUAAUGGUUCAUACAUAGCAGCAUUUCCCCCACAUGAGGGAGCCUACAAGAGUAGCCUUCCGAUCAAAACCCAUGGACCUCAGAAUAACAGGCAUCUGUUGUAUGAGCGCUGGGCACGCUGGGGAAUGUGGUACAAGCAUCAGCCUCUGGACUUAAUCAGGAUGUACUUUGGUGAGAAGAUUGGCUUAUACUUCGCCUGGCUGGGAUGGUACACCGGAAUGCUGAUUCCUGCUGCAGUUGUCGGCCUGUGUGUUUUCUUCUAUGGAUUAGUCACAAUGAACGAAAGCCAAGUAAGCCAAGAAAUCUGUAAAGCCACUGAAGUCUUCAUGUGUCCUCUAUGUGACAAGAAUUGCUCACUGCAGAGACUCAACGACAGCUGCAUCUAUGCCAAGGUAACAUAUUUGUUUGAUAAUGGAGGGACAGUUUUCUUCGCUAUUUUUAUGGCAAUAUGGGCCACAGUCUUUCUUGAGUUUUGGAAAAGGAGAAGAAGCAUUCUGACUUACACUUGGGACCUUAUUGAAUGGGAAGAAGAGGAGGAAACACUUCGCCCCCAGUUUGAAGCAAAAUAUUACAGGAUGGAGGUAAUAAACCCCAUCACGGGGAAGCCUGAGCCUCAUCAGCCUUCAUCCGACAAAGUCACGCGACUUCUUGUGUCUGUCUCAGGAAUCUUCUUCAUGAUCUCCUUGGUCAUCACAGCAGUGUUCGCAGUUGUAGUGUACCGUCUGGUAGUCAUGGAACAGUUUGCAUCAUUCAAGUGGAAUUUCGUCAAACAGCACUGGCAGUUUGCUACAUCUGGUGCUGCUGUCUGUAUCAAUUUCAUAAUCAUCAUGCUGCUGAAUCUUGCUUAUGAAAAAAUUGCAUACCUCCUCACUAACUUAGAAUAUCCUCGAACUGAAUCAGAAUGGGAAAACAGCUUUGCCUUGAAGAUGUUCCUUUUCCAGUUUGUCAAUUUGAACAGUUCUAUCUUCUAUAUUGCAUUCUUUUUGGGAAGAUUCGUAGGCCACCCAGGAAAAUACAAUAAACUUUUUGAGCGGUGGAGACUGGAGGAAUGCCAUCCUAGUGGCUGUCUGAUAGACCUCUGCCUCCAGAUGGGAGUCAUCAUGUUUUUGAAGCAAAUAUGGAACAACUUCAUGGAGCUGGGAUAUCCGUUAAUCCAAAACUGGUGGUCACGACACAAAAUCAAAAGGGGAAUACAAGACGCUUCCAUACCACAAUGGGAAAAUGACUGGAACCUUCAGCCUAUGAACAUCCAUGGGCUGAUGGACGAGUACUUAGAAAUGGUUUUGCAAUUUGGAUUCACUACCAUCUUUGUUGCUGCUUUUCCCCUGGCCCCUCUAUUGGCUUUGUUAAACAAUAUCAUAGAAAUCAGAUUGGAUGCAUAUAAAUUUGUGACCCAGUGGAGGAGGCCUCUGCCAGCCCGAGCCACUGACAUAGGUAUCUGGCUUGGAAUUCUUGAGGGAAUUGGCAUAUUGGCUGUGAUCACCAAUGCAUUUGUAAUUGCUAUUACAUCUGAUUACAUCCCACGUUUUGUCUAUGAAUACAAAUAUGGCCCUUGUGCAAAUCAUGUGAAGCAGAAUGAAAAUUGCCUAAAGGGCUAUGUCAACAAUAGCUUAUCCUUCUUUGACCUGAGUGAACUUGGUAUGGGAAAAUCUGGUUACUGCAGGUACCGAGACUAUAGAGGCCCACCUUGGAGUUCCAAACCCUAUGAAUUCACCUUACAGUACUGGCACAUCCUGGCUGCUCGAUUGGCCUUCAUUAUCGUGUUUGAGCAUCUUGUUUUUGGCAUUAAGUCAUUCAUUGCAUACCUGAUUCCUGAUAUACCAAAGGGCCUCCGUGAGCGCAUACGGCGAGAGAAAUACUUGGUCCAGGAAAUGAUGUAUGAGGCUGAACUGGAACAUUUACAACAACAGAGAAGAAAAAGUGGUCAGCCUAUUCACCAUGAAUGGCCUUAGGCAGUGCCUGCUACUCCAAAGGGGAGGUACCGUUAGUGUGCAGGAAUGAGACACUUGGAAGGCAGAUGGGAUCCAAGAGAAAGGCAUACUUGGUAAACUAUAUUGUAAAAUGCUACUUGGGAAUACAUCAUAGCAGCCUAUGGGAGUUAGAAUGUUCAGACUUCUAAGGAAAUAAAAGACUUGUGACCUCCAAAGGGCUGCAACUGGAUGGCAAGGAGCCAGGCUCUGAUUCUCAGAGCAAGCCUUCAGGGGAGUUCUGUGUUUUGAGGCCAUUCUGUUCCAAUAGCUGCAGAACAAAUAGGAAACAUAGUGGUGAAAUUUCCAGGGACAAGUUUCAACAUAAAUGUUCAUAAACUGGAAAUACUAAUUGGAUUCUAGGAUUUACACAUAAGCUCAGAUAUUCACAAGAAAUGAGUUAAAUCAGUUGUUGGCUCUGAUGUCCGAACCCCAUGUCCCUUUAGCUUACAGGUUUGUGGAAUUGUCUUUGUCUCAUUGAUAUGAAUGUAUGCACAUGCCAUUUAUGCUGCUCUAUGUCGACUAUGCAUUUGAAGAGCUGAAUAUCACUAUAGUAGUUAAACCAAAAAUCCAAGUUCCCCAAAAGAGCACCACUGGAAUAAUUCUAUUAUAUUGGCUAUGUUCAAGUCUCCUUUAUCACCCAGAGCCAAGUGCACUGCCCAUUUUUGUUAACAAAUGCCAAUAGCUUCACUUCGAGUAUUUGAAUGGCUAUUAUUGUAUCAUUGGAACAUGACUAAUUCAUAUUUUUUGCAAAAGUCUAUCUUCUAUUCUAUUCUAUGUGCCCCUCUCUGAAUGAUUACAAAUCUCACAGAUUGCUAUGUUGAAACUUUGUAAAUAUGCCACUGUUCCUUACAUGUUUGCACUUUACACUGUGUAACCCGAGUCCCAGCCUAUGGAGCUCUAAGACCAUUUACACAGGAUGUUACUGUAAUUUGUUCAUUCAGGAAAUCUGAAGCCAAAUGUUCUGCAAUACUUAUGCUUUUUCUAUAACGUGCAUUCUCAACUAUGAGCUAAUGAGAAUAAUGCAUGCGUGCAGUGUAUUAUUUACAUAAAACACCUUUUUUGGUUUCAUUUUUUCAUCAUGGAAGGGAGAUUUCUGUUUUUUGAUGGGUUGACUUUAUUUGGUUUCAAAACUCUCUAGAAACAAAGUCAAUUUAAUUGUAAAGAUCAUUAAUUGUUGUAGAAUCCUUAUUUGAAUGUCAACUUUACCCCACAUUGAUGGAGCACAAAUGAAAGGAUAUUCAACUAAGAGAAUCUCAAAGGAAGCAUUAAUUAAGGGGGCGAAAUACAAAGAACGGCCGGGAGUGAAGGAGCAGGGUAUGUUGUAGAAAUCAGCACACAUCUUUUGCAAAACAGAAAUAUCCAAGCUUUUCUCUCUGUGCAUGCUGGGUGAAAUUACACAGAACACACAGAGAGAACACAUAAGCACAUAACACACACAUGCAGAGCACAUAAACACACACAGACAUACACACACAUACAGAAAACACAUAAACACAGAGAGAACACAAUCACACAGAGAACACAUAAACAUGCACAGAGAACAAACACAUAAACACACAGUGAGAACAUAACACAUGAUUGUUAUGAUUUCUAUUAUUUGUUCAGUUUGAUUUUGUUCAAAUAAGUAAAACAAAAAUAUUUAUACAAUGUGAAAUAUUAGAUUAGUCACACACACAAAAUAAAACUACUUUGCAUACAUAUUAGUGAUUCUCAAUCAAGGAAACCCUUUUCACUUAUUGAAAGAACACUGACCCCGUUCUAACACUUUGAAAGCUCUGUUUACUUGAUUAUGGUUGCUUUAUAGUUUCUGCCAAGGGUAUUCACUUCUUUACUUCCCCUAUGGUUCUGAGCCAGGCAGACAGCCUGGGACUCUAACGUCUUCCACGUGAUCUGGGGAUGUAGCUCAGUGGUAGUGUGCGUAGCAUGCAUGUGGAACACAUAAACUCAACUAUCAGCACCACAAAAUGAACAAACAUACAAAAUAAAUGAAAAUUAAAUGAAGUAUGAAGUGAAUUCCAACACAAAUCCUUGUUCCUGGGGCUCUUCUACUACAGAUAUAAUGGCUGAUUUCAUCAAUUAUCAAAUAAGAUUUUCAGCUCCUCUGUUUGGAAGCGUUUGUGCUCCAUUUUCUUCAUUAAUUAAUGUAUCCACAUACCUGAGCAUAUUUUGUUUACUUAACAUUUACAUCUUUUCCAAAUUAGGGAUGCAAGACAGACACGUGUCUUACAGUAGGAUAUACAAUAAUCGCCUUUUCCUUGAGAAUUCUUUUUCUAGGGUUUUCUAUACAGCAAUAGGGUUUAAAUAAUAUUGAUUGAUAUGAACAGAGAAAGAUAUUUUAAUAAAUGUUGUAGUAUAUUAAUUUAGAAAUAUCUUCACUGAUAUUUUUGAGAUGGACAGGAGAAAACAGAACCAAAAAAAAAUUUAUCUGAUGUAUUUGUUUCUUAAACAGUGCAGGACAAUCAAACUUUGUUUCCUCGUCACUGAUAGCAAAACACAGACAGCCCCUCACAGUAUGUUAGCUUUAUUAGAUCACACUACUUAAGUUGAGAGAAAUGUUUUAUACGUGCUUUUCAUAUGAAUAUAAAUUCUUUCUCGAAGAUUUAUAGCACACACUAUUCUCAGGAAUUCUGGAUGAUGCGAAUGCUGCUCAUAUAUUUUCAUAUUCUUGUUGUCUUUUUAUGCUAACAACUAAUGGAUACAUGCAUGCGGUCUGCCUUGACAAGUUGUGUAAGCCGUUCUGAGUCUUCUCUGUAGUAGUUCUCAGUCCUCUGAGUCUGUGUAUGCACUUCUAGGUGAGCCACUGCUGCCUGGCUGCAUGAUGAGAUUCAACUUGAAUGCUAAAUGAUUCUUGGCACAAUCUACUAUACAAUGGAAUGAAUAGAAUCUUUUUUUCACUCAAUAAAUUAUCCUUUUUACUAUAA